AUGUCACGGUGCAUCGCGGAUUGCCGAGAGUUUGUUGACUACCAUGGAUCUCUGCUGGCCAGUCGAGACGCGACGCUUAUCGCAGGAGACUUCGAUGGCUUAGGACCUCCCGAUCUGUGUUGCCUGGAAAAAGUUCAGAAAGACAGGAGUUUGGCGACGUUCUUCGGGUCGUCUUCCCACGAUGACGCGCCCCGCACGAGCGAGGCGGUGCUCUUUUGCCACUAUGUCCUCGGCCUCGAAACGUCUCAGCCCGCCGCCCUCGCGGCCUACAUCUACGGCCAAGUGGCGAAACAGGAAUCAGAGACGAGCUGGUUCGGCCGCAAGUGGCAAAUCCUCGGCGGGGUCUACUGUACCUUUGACGUCUUCCACCAAGUGGACCUUCGCGUGGAAGUCCGCCUGCCGUCUAGCGCCGGCUCGAAGUCGCGCUUCCUGUUCGCGUCGCCGCCUUUUGCUUCGCCUGCCUUGCCUGGCGCCUUGCCAGGCCCUGGCGCUUCGGGCACCGUCUUCUGCUACGCGUUCCCUUCCGCGCCGCUGCACGUCCCGCCGCUUCUCCCGCAUGCAGGCUUCGCGGGGCAUUCGAGCAUCGGCGACGCCUCCGCGGUGACUUCGGCGCCUGCGAACGCGCUCUCGCCGCCGGCUUCUAUUCUGGCGCGGCGGCAGCAUGUGCGCGACGUGCGAGACUUGCCGCACACUGCGUGGGAGACGGCGCUGCUGUCUUCGAUGCUGCGGGCGGAAGUGCCCCCCCGCAUUCACCCGUCUCGCUGUCUGGUGGUGUUUCCCGUGUUCGACAAACCGGGGAGAAGCCGAGAGUUCGUGGAGCUGGCGAGCCGCUUCUUUGCUUCCGGAGACGACCUCGGCCUGCUGCCGUCGAUCGGCCAGGGCACGAACGCCCUGUGCGAAGUCCUAGCUCGCCACGUGCUCCGGACCUUUUCCUCGCUCCCAAAGAUCGUCGAGACGCUCUCGUCCCUGCAUGCGCUCUCCCCUCUCAUUCACUUGCACGUCGCCCGCGCCUACAGUCGGAGGAAAAUGCUGCCGCACGCGCUGACCAUCGCCAUUCGCAGUCUUCGGUCUUUCCCUGAGGAGGCCUGCUUCCUGCGGUACCAAGCGAAGGUUCUGCUCACAAAGGGAGACGAAGAACGGAAGGAGACAGGCGAACCUGGCGGCGAAGCACGUGGCGAACGCGACCGCAGGAAGAGCGACAGAGACGGGAGGGACGGCGGGAAGAAAGCAGGGCGGGAGGAUGUGGAGACAUACCCCACACGGCUGCCACCGCCCCACCUCUGGCCUAACCGGGCGGCUCCCGAAACCCCUUUUUUCUCGCCGUCUUCAGCCUCGCUCUCUCGCUUCUCCGUCUCUUCGUCUCUGCCGCGGCUUCCCGCGAGACUGGACCCUGGAGCUCGGGCGCUCUGGGGCCACCUGGCCGUUCGUGCAGCCGAGCAUGCAGUGUCGCUGUCGCCGACUCUUUUUCCGUUUUGGAUGACUUUGGCGCGUGCGCUGGUUUUUUGCGGAGACUACGCCCGUGCUCUCCUCGUCCUCAACGCUGCGCCCUAUGUGCCUCUGUCGCUGCCUCUCUACACCAAGGGUAUGUCUCCUGACGUGCACCAGUACGAAACGACUGAGCCGCCGCAGCAGCGCUCAGGCUGCUUCUCGCACCUUCUUCUCCCGCCCUGCGACGACGAUUUCUGGUUUCUUUCUUCCCCGGUGUCGGAUUCCUCCGGCUUGGGCAAGACGGCCCCGCUGCGGCUCUCAGAAGGCGAUGAAGAGAACGGCGGAGGCGCGGCAGAGCACGCGCACCGCGACAGCGAUCUCGGGGCGUACGUGUCUGCCCUGACGUUUCUCUGGGCGGACCUCGACGAGGUAGACCCCGAGAAGAGGAGACACUCCAGCAGCGGAGGCGAAGGCGAGCCUCCGGGGCAGUCUCUUCAGUCUGGCGGGGCGCGGCCGAGGCAAGUCAGUCCGUCUCCUGUCGCUUUUGGAAGUCGCCGCGGAAACGAGGAAGAGCGCGUGGAUCUAGCAGGUUCCGGGUCUUCCGCCGGAAAAGACAGUGGAGAGAGACGGAAGCCCGCGGGUGGUUGGGGCGGUGAGAGCCAAAGGCUUGGGAGCGCAGGCUGGCGGGAAGGUGAAGGCGAGCAUGCAGCGGGGACGUUGACUGCACUUGCAGUUUCUGAAGGUGACGAGCGCUGGCUCGAAGGUGCACGGGACUCUCCGGACAGGAAACGAGAGGCUCGAGAACGCCCUGCUUCGUUCGCUUCGCGAGAGAGACGUGGCGGUUGUGAGGACUUGUGUGCUUUUCCAGGGCGAGAAGGACAUCCUUCAUCGUCUCCCUCUUUUGACCAGCGUACUUCCGCGUCUCCAUGCGAGGGAAGACAUCCCAGAGAGAAAGGAGACAGCCGACUUCCACUCGCUGAUGCUCCUCACCCGCCUCUCUCGUCUUUUGCUGCGUUUUCACCUUCACCUUCGCGUGGAUCAAGACGUGGCACGAAGGAUGCCGUUCGCGCCCUGACGACGGGAGAGCAGGCUCGACCGGCUCUCGCUAGCCAAGACUCCGCCCUCAGCCGACCGCUUGCGCCUCGGUCGGCUAGCCAGCUGCGCGUGUCUGCGCCGCUGAUGGCUGGCUUUGCGACCUCGUCUUCUCUCGAGAGGCUGACUGUCAGUCUCAACUCCGCGAAGGGGGGGCGGUUAGACUACUUUGAACGGAAGGCGUUCAAGCUCCUGUCGAAGAUCCAGCGCGACAUUUCCCUGGACCUUCUUCUCGCUCUCCAUUCGCGUCUCUUCUCCCCUCUGCGACCGCUUCCGCGUCACCUCAGCUGGGCCCUCACGCCUUCGCCCUUCCCUCUGUCUACUCAUGCAAGACAAGGUGGAGAGAGAGAAAGAGAGGAAGGAGAGAGCGACGCUGAAGGGGAGACGCGUUUCCGCGCUGGGGCAUGCGAUGGCGACAGUGGAGAGUCGAGGAAGCACGGAGAGAGAGACGACUUGCGAGGCGAUCGCUGGGCUUCUGCUGCGGGUUGUGGCGCCGAGGCCGAAUCAGAAAACAGAGCAUCUCGAGCCUCAGAGUGUGACGGUGAGGUGUGCGCCGCCCGCGCUUCUUUUGACCAAGCCGCGGUGGAUUUGCCUGUCAUGAGGAACGGAAGUAGCCGCGCUUCCGCUUCAUCCCCGUCUCACCCGUCCUCUCCUGCAGCUUCUUUCGGAGAAGCAGCGAGCCGGCCUGACGACGGCGGCCUGCCGCAGCCUUCGCGAAGCCUCGACUCAGUCGGGGACGGAGAAAGGAAUCUUCCAGAAACCCCUUCUCUCAGCCCAACUUGUUCCUCUGCUUCGCGUGCCAACUUAUCGGCUGCCUCUCUACGUGUCUCCUCGGCUGCGUCUGUUGGGGAAGGAGAGGGCGCCGUGCGAAGAAGUGAGGAAGAAGCGAGAGAGGCGGUCCAGGAAGCAACCGGCUGGCCUCAAGAGAGAAGGCAGGCGACAGAGAAGAGCGAGAGAACAACGGAGCACGUUCGAGAAGACGGAGAAGAAAAGGUGAAUGCACUACGGUCGUGGCUUGACGCACAGGCGCCGCUGCUGCCCGAGUCGCUUUUGAGGCCUCAGUCGAAAAUGCUGGAGAAAGUAAUGCAAGCUCUGGAGAGUGACGCGCAUCUCUACGCGCAGUUGCAAGGACAUGAAGAGGAGCUUCGUCUCCUCUCCCAGUUAACUGCGUCUGAGGCCAACAACCGGAGCCUUGUGGAGAAGGCGGGGAGUUUUCUAGUUACCAGGGGCUCUCUGUGUUGUCGGCUGGGCGACUGGCGCGGGAUGUGCGUGUCCUACGGCCUGGCACUGCGACUGGGCCUCUCUUGCAAGGCAAGCUGCGAGUUGUUGCAUUUCUUCGUGCGCCGCGAAGCCGCUGUGGCCGCACUCAACGUGGCCUGCGUGACCUGCCAGCACUUAAAGCGUCUCUGCGGCGAAGAUUUCCCUUCCCUUCCUCUCUGGGUUUCAGGCGCUCUCGCCAAGCUUGUCGAUCGGUGCCGAGAUGUGCUCGGCAUCCGGCUGUCGAGAGUUUUCUUGAAUCGCGAAGACGCGCUCAGGCUCCCCAUUCGGCGCCCUUUCCCUGAGAACCUGGGAAGGAAGAGAAUCAACCCCGAGGCGCCGCAAGCGAUCCGAAUGACCACGAAGAAGGCCCAAAGUCCCACCUGA